CAUCCAAAGGUAAGGAUAAGGCAUGUCUUGUUAUAAUGUCACAACACAAGAAUUUCAAAUUGUUCUAAUGGUUUUGGUAACAGUUUGGACAUUCCUAAGCUUCUUGUUGCAAAGGAAUCUCCGUCUUCUUACCUUUUAAAUUGAAACUCAAAACACACAAGUUCCUUCCUGAUCCUCAAACAGAGAAGAAAAAGAAACAAAAUGAGUAGCCAGAAAAUCACACAACCACCAAACCAAAAAACACUUCAUGAAUUUUUUGUGCAAGAAAAGCCUCUUUUUUCAAUACCAUCUUCUCCUACUUCAGGAAAUGAAGAAAUUCUCUCUACUGUUUCUUACUGCACCUUUGUUUUCACCUUCACUGACCCUUCAGAAUCCCCUGCACAAAGAGACUCUAAAAGACUUCAACUUUCAAGGCUCAUUGCUAUGAUGAAAUCCUCAAAAAAACCAGUCCAUGAGAAAGUUUUAAGACCUUUAGUAUCAAUGAUCAAAGCCAAUCUUUUCAGGCCACUUCCUCCACCUACAAAUCCUUCAGCUAUAUCAGAAUUUCUUGAUGAAGAAGAUCCUAUUUCCAUAUUUUCACCUUUAUGGUCACAUCUACAAAUAGUUUAUGAAAUCCUUCUUAGGCUUGUUAAUAGCACAGACACCAAAAUACUUAGAAAUUAUAUGGAUCAUUCUUUCCUCCUUAAUCUGUUAACGCUUUUCCAAUCCGAAGAUCCGAGGGAACGCGAAAGUUUGAAAAAUGUAUACCACAAGAUAUAUUCUAAGUUCGUUUGCGACCGUUCUGCGAUGAGGAAAUCGAUGACAGAUGUUUUGUUGAACUAUGUUUUUGAGACAGAAAAGCAUUAUGGUAUUGCAGACUUGCUUGAGAUAUGGGGAACUAUUGUUAAUGGAUUUACCGUGCCACUCAAGGAAGAACACAAGUUGUUUCUUAUGAGAGUGUUGAUUCCUUUACAUAAGACUAAAGGGAUGCAAGUUUAUCAUAGACAACUUGCUUAUUGUAUAUCACAGUUUGUGCAGAAGGAGCCUAUGCUUGGAGGUGUUGUUGUUAGGGGAAUUUUGAGGUAUUGGCCUGUUAGUAACUGUCAGAAAGAAAUUUUGUUGAUUGGUGAGUUGGAAGAUCUUGUAGAGAAUUUGGAUCCCGAUCAAUAUCGAAAGUUGGCCUUGCCUAUAUGUACUCAGAUUACAAAAUGCAUCAACAGUUGGAAUUCUCAGGUAGCUGAGAGGGCACUGUAUGUGUGGAACAACGAGCAGUUCUACAAAAUGGCAACAACAGGAACGGUAGAAGUACUUCCGGUGAUAGUACAAGGUGUUGAGAAGAACCUGAAGUUGCAUUGGAGCAAGAGUGUUAGGCAGCUAACAGAAAGUGUGAAGGUGGUGGUGGAAGAUAUUGAUCCUGAUCUAUAUGCAAAAGCUCAAAUGGAUUUGAAAGUUAAAGAAUCAGUGGCACAUCAAGAAGAUAUGAAUAGAAAAAAGAGAUGGGAAAGAAUUGAAUUGGCAGCUUCUAAGAAUCAAUUUGUCAAUCCACAACGAUACAUAUGUGUUUCCCACUGAAUAUUAAUAAUUUAAUGUAUGCAACAUAUAUUUCCUGUCAAUCCAACCUUCUUAAUCAUAAGAAA